AUGGCUCACACUCAGCCGUCGCCUACUGGAGGCGUGACUCCUCACCAUGGACACCUCGCUGCCCACCCAGUGAAUGGCCACAUGCCUCUGCAGUCGCCGGCGCAGAAGCCUCCCCCCAGCACCGCCCAGAAGAUCGCUGCCCUGAACGAGCAGGUCUGGCUGCAAAUUGGAACUUUGACCGAAGUGAUGGGGGAUUUGGAUGGUGCGAUGAACGCGUAUGAACAAGCUUUACGGCAUAAUCAAUGGUCGUGCCCUGCUAUGAACGCUAUAUCCUGCAUCCUGCGAACGAGAGAGCAGUUUCCAAAGGCCAUCGAAUACCUCCAGAAUAUUUUGAAACUGGAUCCCGGCAGUGGAGAAACAUGGGGGAGCUUAGGACAUUGCUAUCUUAUGAUGGACAACCUCCAAGAAGCAUACACCUCUUACCAACAGGCGCUAUAUCACCUGCGCGACCCCAAGGAGCCUAAACUGUGGUAUGGAAUCGGUAUACUUUACGAUCGCUAUGGGUCGCUAGAUCACGCGGAGGAAGCCUUCUCCCAGGUUAUGCGAAUGGCACCGGAAUUCGAAAAGGCCAACGAGAUUUACUUCCGGUUGGGAAUAAUUUACAAGCAGCAGCAAAAGUUCAACCAGAGUUUGGAUUGCUUCAAAUACAUUGUGAAUGAUCCUCCACGCCCUCUAACUGAAGAAGACAUCUGGUUCCAAAUUGGACACGUUCACGAACAGCAGAAGGAUUUCGAGUCUGCGCAGCAAGCUUACAGGCGCGUCCUGGAUCGUGACCCCAACCAUGCAAAGGUCUUGCAGCAGCUUGGAUGGUUGUAUCACCAACAAAGCUCUAGUUAUGACAGCCAGGAGAAGGCCAUCGAGUACCUGGAGAAAUCUGUCAGCGCAGACAAUAGUGAUGCUCAAAGCUGGUACCUUCUGGGUCGCUGCUACAUGUCGCAAGCCAAAUACCCCAAGGCAUACGAAGCCUACCAGCAGGCAGUAUAUCGCGACGGUCGCAACCCGACCUUCUGGUGUUCCAUCGGCGUGCUUUACUACCAAAUCAACCAGUACCGUGAUGCCCUGGAUGCCUAUUCUCGUGCCAUCCGGUUGAACCCAUACAUCUCGGAGGUGUGGUACGACUUGGGAACUCUUUACGAGUCCUGCAACAACCAAAUUGCUGAUGCUCUGGAUGCGUAUGGCCGUGCCGCUGAUUUGGAUCCCUCAAAUGUCCAUAUCAAGGCCCGCCUGCAACUUCUCCAAAGCCAACUAUCGGGCUCUGGCCAAAGCAACGGCCCUGCUCCACAGCCUCAGGACGUCCACCCGCAGGCUUACCAGGCUCCUGGCGUCGGUGCUCCUCCUGCACCCCAGUGGGGCGCUCCGGCUCCGACAGGGGGACCGCCGCCGCAGCCUCCUGCUCCACCCCGUCAGAUUACUGGUUGGGACCGCGGCGUCAACGAACUUCAGACUCAGGGACCGGCCCCCGGUGCGAACGGAUUCGAUCCCCGCGAUGGACCUCGCCCUAGUGCUAUUCAGCAGCCUAACCCACGUCAAGAGCCAGGAAGAGGAUUGCCUGAUGGUGCGCGUCCCCCGCCAGGCGUGCGGUCGCCGAAACCCGCUCUUGGUGGUCCAGGAGUCUAUCCGCCGGGGCAUGCUCUUCCCCAGCUCGCUAAUGCUCCUCCGCCAUCUCAUGAGCGUGCCCCUAGCGGCGCUGGCUUCGCUGCUGCUACACGUGGAGGCUUGCCCCCUGGCGCUGCUCCAGCAGGUACCAGCGCUCCUAAUGGUGGCCCUCCUUCCGCUGGCCCUAUGCCUCCUUACCACCGACCUUUCACACCACCAACUGAGAUUCGACCGAUUCGUGAGGAGCGAGCCUCCUCGCCUGGAUCUACUUACCCGCACCAAAAUUAUCAUCACGGACCUAGCGUCGCGGUUCAGAGCGCAGGCAGCGCGGGUAUUGCAGGUGGUGCACCUGCACCAGCAUCUGCUAUAUCCGCUGCUGAAGCUGCGGCUCGUGAACGUGAAGAUCGCCCUACUUCGGCUAUGAAGCGUGGUCGGGAAUGGGAAACUGAAGCUGGCCCAGUAAAGAAGAUUGCAAGUGAAGAAAAUCGAUCCAGACUAGACGAGCAAAUUGGUCGCCGCGUCCCUUCCCCUACCCGUUUCCCAUCACCCGGCGAGAUGCAACGCCGGAGCUCCUCUGAGAUUCGCCGAGAAGAGCAACGCCGUGUCAAUGAAAGCUACCAUCCUUCCGAGGCUGCGCAUCACCCCCCAACUCUCCCCUCAAUUCAGCACAUGCCGCAGCAUGCUUCCGGUGCUAGCCUGCCCCCGAUGGCUGAAAACGCUCCUGCGCCUUCCAACGGGCCUUCGAGCGGGGGCCCCAGUUCGCAAGUCCAGGUUUCAGUCCCCGUGAAGGAGGAGAAUUCUCGAGCUGAACAAGCCCCGGCCCACGAGCCUGCUGCACGUAAAAUGGAAGUUGAUGAGGAUUAUGACGAUGAUGGUGAUGACGAUAAGAAGGCGAGCGUUGCGAAGGGGAGCCCCCAUGGCAGCGCAACCGGCAGCGCCAAUGGAAACGGCAAUGGUGUUAGCGGCACUCAAACUUCUCAGUCAAAGGAGUCCGCAGCCUAA